GGAUGACAGUACAAUAGCCUUCAUGCGUCAGUCUCUACCUCGGCCUCACACAGAGGUGAAGUGUAUUGAAGGAGACUCCUUACAGGACAGAUUCAGGGCUCCAGAUGUGACCACUCCUCUCAGAGCCAGUGUCCUGUCUGGACUGGUGGAGGUUGGAGGUGCUGCUGGAUACCUGAACUAUCCUGUUCAGUCCACACUGCAGGACCGGGUCACUCUACAGUACAGAACCACUACCAGACUGGACAUGCUCAGUCACAGGGUGCUUCAGGAGGAGACAGUCAGAACACAACGAAAGGCAACUCAUGUGGUCAUGGCUGUUCUCUAUGGAGCGCAAGCAUUCUUUAUCUUUGACAGCAAACACAUCAACAGACAAAGGAAUGCAAGACGAGAGAAAACCAAGAUGCUAGAUGUAAUUAAGAAGAUGUUCAACACCUUCAAUUCAGAAGAUAUAUUCUCAAGUUUGACAGACUCCGAGAAAGUAAACAGUUUGUUGUAUCAAUGCACCUUACACAGUGACGUAAACCCUACAACCACAAUGGAUUAUCACACAGCAGUAGAGGUGUACCAGUCCCUGCCAAAGCAUCUGGGGCAGCGAGGAGAGAAAGCAGUGCCUGUUCGUGUCUGGCUGUACCCUCUGACGAAUCUGGACCAUGCAGCGGCUUGUGUUGCAUUUGAGAUCAGUGAAGACCUGCUGCUCAGAGCUGAGAAUGUUCUGGAACACCUGAGACGGGUCACAAUGAGGUGCCAGGACACGAUGUCAGACCACACCAAUGCCUAUGUGAUUUAA